GAAGGGGCCCUCCCCCCCACUUGAAACUUUGAAUCGUUCGUCCUGUAGAGGGGGAUUAAGAAGCGGACAUCUGCUUAAAGCCCGUUGUUGUUGUUGUUGUGCAAACAUUGAAAGUGAUUCCUCGGACGGCCCUUUGCUGGUUUAUCAGACAGGAACUGGAUUCGUUUCAUCGUCCAGUUUCUAGAAUGUCAUAGUCAUAUAAUUAAAUCGGGCAUUUAUGUCAGGAAACCAGCUCGUUGCACUGAGUGCGCAUUUGCUUGGUUGACGAAAACUACAGUGUUUUGGUUGUUUUUUUUGUUGUGAGUUUGUUUCGGAGACUGGAUGUGUUAAAGUCUAGAAUCAAGUCUAUUUAUAAAGAUUGCCUUCAACUGCUUCAAGCACCGGGAAAAGCGAAAUUUAAUGAGAAAACGGACCUGCUUAAAAAUCAAAAACUUCGUACAUCUUUAACUAUACGAUCAUAUUGAAUGUUUGUUUGUUUUUUUUUGUUUUUUUUUUUACAACCACGCAACUGAUUAAGAAAAAAUAUAUAAUUACCGAGUCCCAGCUUUCAAUUUUUGUUGUUGUUCAUGAUUGGAUAAUUCUGGAUAUCAACAAAUUGAAGCCGAAGAUAUUCUAGCAUGCACGUGUUACAAUGACCUCAAAAUGCCAACCAUUUCACUCAAGUCUGUUCUUGUUUGGUGAACUUUUCUGACACUCUACAUGUACCUGGACGUCCAUUGCACGCGGGGUGAGUACCUGACAGUGAACCGAGAAUUUUAAGUAAUUCAUACAUCGUCUGCUUACGGGGCUCGAUAAUGUGAACGAUUGGUACAGAUUGAGUUUAGGUGUAUGAAUGACAUUGAAGUCGGGCGAUAUGGAACUAUUUUGAAUAUGUACAUAUAAUAAGAUAAUCUAAUAUGAGCAUUUAUUUUAAUAAUCUAAUAUGUACAUAUAUUAUGAUAACACAAUGCGUACCUAUAUUAUAAUAAUUUAAUGCGUUCAUAUAUUAAGAUAAUCUAAUGUGUACAGAUAUUAUGAUAUAUUGAGAUAAUCUUAAUGUGUACAGAUAUUAUGAUAUAUUACGAUAAUCUAACGCGUACGUAUAUUAUGACCAUCUAAUAAGUACAUGCAUUAUGAUAAUCUAAUACGCACAUAUAAUUUUUACUAAUCAUCUUUAAAGUUUUGAAUACUGAAUUAUUCUCGAGGUAGCAGAAACGCUACCAGCUGUAUUACAUAAGUAAGAUGACAGUAUUAAGUGCACCGAUGCAAUGAACGUUAUUAUAUAACCUAACCCCUCCCUAUGGUUUCUAAACUUCCUUUCUUGGAUUUGAACACCCUAACCAGAAGCGCAUUUUAACACUUUUAAAGAUGUAGCAUAAUAAUUUAAUUAAAAAUAUAUUUGAAAAAAAAAAAAAGGAAAAUGUAGACACACUUUGAUUCAAAUUAUGUAUUUCUAAAAAAAAAUAAUUUCAUUAAAUAUUUUACAGAUCUAUCUAUUUAGCACCAAGAAAAAAAACAAAACAUUAUAAUAUAAUAAUUCAUGGCCGCAAAUAAUGAAAAUAAUACCUAUGGGUAUAGUACGAGCUACCGCGCGAGCUUAGCAAUCAUAAUUUUAAAUUCAUAAAUUUUAAAGACUUUUAGCCGCUAACCUUAUCACUGCAACUACCACUACUACUGCCUCUACUGGGCAUUUCGUUUUUUUUUUCAUCGGAUUAGGUUUGGAAAAAAGAAUUAAGAUAACUAUAUUACACAUAAAUUCUUAAUAUUAAGCUAAUAAUCUAAUUAUAAGACAAAGCUUUUUAUUUCAAAAUCUCCGACAGAUUUUCAUGACUAUCUGAAUAUUUCUAAAAUGAAGAAUAAAAAUUGCUUCUAAUGUCAAAUCUUGACAUGUGAAUGUUUGUGUCCAAGAGACCCCCACCCCCCAAAAAAAAAACAAACUACAACUCCCCCCCCCAACCCCCCCCCCCCAAAAAAACAACCAAAAACAAAANUUGCUCUCCCCCCUCCCCCCCCCCCCCUUUAAAAAAAAAACUCCCCCCCCCCCCCCCCCCAAAAAAAAACAGCAUCCAAAACUCAAACAAACAAAAAUAUAGUUGACUAAGACAUGGAAGCGUUUAGUUGAUUAAGACAUGGAAACGUAUAGUUGAUUAAGACAUGGAAACGUAUAGUUGAUUUGGACAUAUAAACGUAUAGUUGAUUAAGACAUGGAAACGUAUAGUUGAUUUGGGCAUGGAAACGUAUAUUUGAUUAGGACAUGGAAUGGUAUAGUUGAUUUAGACAAGGAAACAUAUAGUUGAUUUGGACAUGGAAACAUAUAGUUAUUAGGAAUGGAAACGUAUAUAUUUUGAUUUAGAUAUAUGAAAACAUAUAUUUGAUUUGGACAUGGAAGCGUAUAUUUGAUUUAGAUAUGGAAAUGUAUAUUUGAGUUAGAUAUGAAAUCGUAUAUUUGAGCUGCAUAUGGAAAUGUAUAUUUGAGCUAGAUAUGGAAGCGUAUAGAUCUACAUAGAGUAUUUCUUGAACUUGUGCGCACAUAUUAAUAACCAUCUAUAGCAUACAUUGUUUUUAAAAUACUUUAUUUAAAUAUUGAAAAAAUAAUAAUUAUAAUUUGAAGACAUACAUAGAAUCAUUCUAAUUUCUCAAUUAAUCACGUUUGACUCUCUAUAAUAAGACUUCAAACUUGUGUCUAAAAAGACAUUUUUAAAUGUAUAACGUAUGUCGCAGUAAUAUGGUUUUAAAAAGAAAAGUAAACUUAGGCAGGGGCGUAGCUAGGGAUUUGGGGGACCGGGGGGCUUGGCCUCUUUGGGGGCCCCUGCAUUUUGACAUUCGACAUUAUUUAUUGUAAAAAAAAAAUUCGGACACUCCUUUGGGGGCCCCCCUCAAGUAGGGUCCAGGGGGGACUUUCGAAUUUGGACCCACCCUCCCCCUCCCCUAGCUACGCCACUGAACUUAGGCCUUCCUACGUCCAGAUAAAUUUAAGAUAGUACAACAAUGCAUGCGUGGCGUACGUCACCGGAACCCAGAGAGCAAAGCGCUAUCAAUGGGGGUUUAUCAUGAUUAGUUAAAUUCUCUAACACUUAGGGAGGGGGGGGGCGGCGGCAACAAUAGGGUAACAUUGGAUAUUGGAUUGGUCUUAGAAAAAAAAAACAUACACUCACACACACACACAUUCACACACACACACACUCACACACAUUCACACACACACAUUCACACACACACACAUGCACGCGCACAUGCCAAGAGGGGAAACAAUUAAGCUCCGACUCUUCUGAUUUAAAAUAAAUGUGUUUCCUCACACUCACUCAAUUUAGAUUGAAGGUCUAGGUCAAAUUCAGAACCUCCACCAACCCCCACCCUUUUCUUUUAAAUUUUAAAUUUUACUACGCGCAUUUAACCAUUUCAGAGCUAUUAACCCCAUAAAUUUGAUAAAUUAUAGGGUCCCAAUGAGUGACAGUUGUCACCAAAAUUGAAGCUCUCUACAGCAUCGCGAAUAAAAGAUACAAGACUGCAAAUAAUUUUAAUGCAAAAAAAAACAAAACAACGACAACCAAAAAAACAAAACAAAAAAAACCAGCACACAACCAACCAGUACAAAGUUUUCCAACACACACCCCCCAAACCCAUAUGAAAUUGGCAGUUGGUGACAAUGACUAAACAUACCUCCUACUCUUUAAUGUGACAAUACGUGACGUCAUAUUCACCACCCUUCAAAAAAUAAAAAGAAGGUAAUAUGAUAUGCAUCCUAUGUUACUCAAAAUUAACAGCAGCCAAUUAAAAAUAAAAAAAAAAAAAAAAAAAAUAGUUCAUGGCUAAAGGGUUCCCAAUCCAUAAGGGGCGCUUGCGAUUUUCGAUGGAUCGCCGGCUGAAAGAGUUUUAAAAAAAAAAAAUUACAAAAAACAAAACAAAAAUUAACAAAUAAAGAUUUAAAAAAAAAAAAAAACAAUUAUUAUUUUUUAAUCGAUGUCUUAAGUUUAAAGACUAUUAAAAUAAUCGCAAUACUCGUGUAAAUGUAUUUUUUAGUUUGUAUUUUCAAAACUUCUUUAGACCGGGAAAAAAAGAAAAAAAAAAGUAAAUAAAUGUUGGGAAUGACAUGACAGUUACCACAAAAACUCAAUGGCGAACGUUUCAAGCCUGUUAACUUAAAGAGAUAAGGCGAAGAUGUCAAUCAUCGCACUAAAAAUGUCGGGGGUUUCAAUAAAUACGUUGAAUUGAAUAAUAAUACCCUUAAAAUCUAUCAUGGUUGCGGCUCUUAAAAAAAAAAAAAAUAUUUGAAAUUUAAGAAAAAAAAAUUGAUAAUAUAAUAACACUUAAAAGUACACAUUUCCUGUUAAAUAAAGAAAGCAUUGUUGGCGUUGUAUUAUGUCUUUGUUUUUAACAUUAUUUCGUGAUGCAGAUUGCGCCCUGGUUUGACCACGCCCCUGCAAAACUUUCUAUUUUUUUUUUUUUUGUGUUAAAUUUUCUUUCCCAUUCAAAGCACCGUUAGCGGUGGUGUAGCUAUAGGGUUAGUGCCGCCCCGAGGCGCACCACCCCCUUCGCACCCCCAAAAGCAUUGUUGGCGUUGUAUUAUGUCUUUGUUUUUAACAUUAUUUCGUGAUGCAGAUUGCGCCCUGGUUUGACCACGCCCCUGCAAAACUUUCUAUUUUUUUUUUUUUGUGUUAAAUUUUCUUUCCCAUUCAAAGCACCGUUAGCGGUGGUGUAGCUAUAGGGUUAGUGCCGCCCCGAGGCGCACCGCCCCCUUCGCACCCCCGCUUCCUACGCCACUGACCGUUUUAGCAACGAUUUGAAAAGAAAAGGACAUUGGUGCAAACUCAUUCGUUAGUGUGCCGUGGGAACUCACUAUAACACAGGAUUGGUGUGCCGUGAACACAAAUAUGAGACCAUCAUGGAAUACUGUUUACAUUGGUGAACGCAUGAAAUGUUUCGUCUUUCCAUUUCAGGCUGGCCCGACACAGCGCCCCUGUCACAGGAUGGCGCUGUCCCCUCACCACGCCCACCCUCACACUGGAAGUCGUCCGGCUUCGACAUGGGCGGGAUGUGUGCGCGCAUGCAAGGUGAGAAAAGAAUUCUUUAUGAAAAAUAACACACCCAAAGAUAGAAAGAAUGGGAUAGAUGUGUAAAGCAAGUCAUGGAAAAUAAACAAGACCAUCCCCCCCCCCCCCCACAAAAAAAAAAAAGAAAGGGAUAGAUGUGAAAAGCAAAUCAUGGAAAAUAAACAAGACCACCCCCCCCCCCCCAAAAAAAAAAAAGAAGUAUGGGCCUCCAAACUAGAGAAUAUGGGUCAACAAGCUAGAGAGUAUUAGCCAACCAGCGAGAGAGUAUGGGCCUCCAAGCUAGAGAGUAUGGGCCAACAAGCUAGAGAGUAUGGGAUUCCAAGCUAGAGAAUAUGGGCCAACAAGCUAGAGAAUAUGGGCGACAAGCGAGAGAGUAUGGGCCAACAAGCUAGAGAGUAUGGACCUCCAAGCUAGAGAGUAUGGGCCUCCACGCUAGAGGGUGUGGGCCUCCAGGCUAGAGAGUGCGGCCUCCAAGCUAGAGAGUGUGCAAUGAUGAACUAUGGGACCAUCGAUUUCAGUGUCAGUUAAAAUAUUUAUUUUUAAAAAAAAAAAACAGACAAAAAAUAACAUUGAUGUUAAAAUUAUUAUAAAUCAAAGGUUCUUAUUGAGGACAGAUUACGGCAUCAUAAUUUUACUCUUCGCUUUGAUUAGAGAUUUUGAACUUCUUUUUAUUUCGAUCUUGAAGCAAGUAAGUCCCCUAAAAUUUGUAUUUCAACAAAUCGGUUGUCAACUGCGAUUCAGAUCAUUGGGGACCGGGGAUGGGACGGUGGAGAGGGGGAGCAGGGCAAGGCAGAAACAAACUUUCCGUUUUAAAUCCUACUUACACAAAAAAAAAAAAAAAAAAAAAAAAAAAAAAAUGAAAUGUUCUACUUUUCGUGCCAUGUCCCGGUAAACUGCUUAGGACAGUUUUAAUUCUCUUCUCUGCGUACAUAUAUUUGAGCGAGUAUGUAGAAACCCCCCAUUUAAUGAUGCCCAAAGUAUUGUAGAAACUAAAGCAAAAAACUUAAGUUAAAAACUCAUAAGCCUGUACUCAGUGGCGUAGGAAGUAAUGUGCGGAGGAGGGAGGUCCACCCCGAUGGUGGCACUUUUUCUUUAUUUGGAGGGGAGCAACAUUUUCAUGCCAACUGCUGAGAUUUUUCUUUCGUGGAAGCGAGUGCCAGAAGUCUUGGACCGCCCGGAGCGACACCAACACAAAUGACUCUACUUGAAGAGCAAGAAUGGCAUUAUGCUCAUCGAACUAACUAGAAUGGAUUUAGACGCAAAUGAUGUUUGCUGAUAGUUUUCAACUUUAAGAGGUAUUCCAGGGGGGGGGGCAAGAUCAAGAUUGGAAUUAUAUCCGAUUGGGCGCUGACAACUUUCGUCUGUGCCAGUGUUUCUCAAAUGGUGGUCCGCGGACCGGCGCCGGUCCACGAGCCUUACGUUGCGGUGCGUCCAACAUGAAAUAUUUACGUUUGAAUAAAAAGAAAAUAUAAUAAAUCUGGCACCGGUCCCUGGUGGCGCUGAUGCAAUUUUUUAAACGUGUCCGCCGGGGCUGCCAAACUUAAAGAUUUGGGAAACGCCGCUCUAUAAAGUAGAUGGAGAGGUUCUUUUUAUUCUACGAUUCUGUCGCAACAUGUCAUUAAAAAAAAAAAAAAAAAAAAAAAAANUUAAUUUUUAAGAAAAAUUGUCUUGUACUUCUGGUAAAUUUGGCAAAUCAAUAAAUUGAUAAAUCCUCCGUAGGAAAUAUUAAAUGGUUUGUGUUCAGUAGCGUCGUUGAAUUUGUCAAACCAUCACCGCGAAAACCACAAAACAAGUAGAACACAACUGAAGCGUGACCAUAGCAGAUGUUGGGACCCGAAAAGACCCCCCCCCCCCUCCAAAAAAAAUGUGUGACCUGGUGCGGACGGCCGGUUAUUUACGUUACGUAAAAAGGGGGGGGGGGUAAACGACAUGCAUUGUUAGGAGGCGCAAACUCCAAUCACAGCCAUGAGACAUAGAACUUCUAUAUAAAACCUACAGGGCUGAAAAAAUACAUAAGUACUAAAGAAUGGGACCACUACAGAUUGAUAUAGCUGGUCUACAAGAUUACUCAACAGCAACCGGUCGUGGGUCGAAAAUAAAUAACGCCCCCUUUUGACAUAAGUACCCCGGGGGGGGGGGCGUCUGUUUGGUUAGGUGUCCGUUUCUUGUCUCAGGAAACAGGGAUGGGAUUAACUGGAGUAAACCUGACAACACCUGCUGGCCAGAAGCAAACACCUGCUGACCAGAGACCUACACCCCGCUCGGCUCAGCGAGAGAAUAAACUCCAGGGAUUAGAGUAUUCAAAGACACAAUGCUAGCUGGGGAUUACUGUGUUAGAUUAGAUGAGACACAAAAGUAAGCUCGGUUUUCUACUGUUUUUGUUUUGAAAACUCUUGUUGUCUCCAUCUUCUAUAAUUUUUUUUUAAAUGUCUCCUAUAUCAUAUAUGACUAUAUCUGAUGGUCUACGUGCUGAGGAAACAGAAAUCCUAUGUUUACGUGAUGAUGGAUAACUUUUGCUGAGGACCCCCCCAAAAAAAAUCCUUUGUUCAUUUGUUACACUAACAGUGGCGAAUGCGCCCAAUAAAGGCAAAGGAGGCAACGGUAUAUAUGGGCCCCAAGCAUUUAAGUCGACCCCGGGAUAGGGGCCACUAAAAUAUUUGCGCACUGAUUUUAAUAUUAUACAGCACCGUUAAAUUUUGUUUUUUUACGAAUUUUCUUUACCCCCAUCUGUAUUCUUAUUCAAGCAGUUGAUACACGUCAUAUCCGCCUUUUGGGGCCCAAAACUAUUAGGACUCACAACUCUGUCAAACUCUUUAAAAUAUUUGUGUUUUUUAAUUUUUUUUUUUUUGGUAUUUGAUAUGUUUUAUUAGUUGUGUGUGUAUGGGGGGCGGGGGUAGGGGGGCGGGGUAGGGGUGGGGGAUCUAGACUACCUUGGGAGGUUUCAAUCCUACACCGUAUACUAAUCGUAAUCAGCGGUCGUAAAUGAAGGGAGCGAGAACAGGUUUAGUAAUUAUGCAGUGAAGAAACUUGACUAAAGUGGCAACCCCCCCUCCCCCGACCCCCAGGCGAAUUAUCAGUAUAUAUUCAGGGCCGGAUUCUAUGCUAAUGUUGCAGGGCGCUGCAGUCAAAGUGGAGGGGCGUGCGGGCGCGGGGGGGGGGGGAGGUUCGUAAUAUUUAGCUGAAAACAUCCGAAAAAUCCGAAAAUGUAUAUAACUUUAUUUCUUUUGUUUAAAAGUACAAAUUAAAUGCUUAAAUAUAUAUAUAUAUAUAUAUAUAUAUAUAUAUAUAUUUAAAGUUAACUUUAAAUAUAAAUUAAAUGAAUUGAGCGGUACAUUUAGAUUGGACGUCUUUACAACUUGGGCUGUCCUAUGUCACAGGGUGAGAAGGCACACACUAAGGCAGCGGUUCUCAACUUGUGGGUCGCGACCCCUUAGCAAGUAUACCUUGCAGUUAUUAAGUUGCUACGAAAAUAAUUUUGUGGUUGGGGGGGGGGGUGGCCACACCAUGAGGAAAUGUAUUAAAGGGUCGCGGCAUAAGAAAGGUGGAGACCCACGGCACUAAAGGGGAAACCACGCGUUAAAGGAACAGGGUGAGAAGGCACACACUAAGGCAGCGGUUCUCAACUUGUGGGUCGCGACCCCUUAGCAAGUAUACCUUGCAGUUAUUAAGUUGCUACGAAAAUAAUUUUGUGGUUGGGGGGGGGGGUCGCCACACCAUGAGGAAAUGUAUUAAAGGGUCGCGGCAUUAGAAAGGUUGAGAACCACUGCACUAAAGGGGAAACCACGCGUUAAAGGGACAUGUCUGAUCUGGCAUUACCAGAGUGAUUUCAAGUGAUUCCCUCUACGCUCACUUCGAUUGACUUCUAUGUAUCCACUGAUAGUGACAAACUACAUUGUUAGUUACCAUUUUAAAAUACAUUUUUAGUUUACCCUGGGCCGUAUGUACGCCUGAAUAGAAAGUUGACAGGGGGGAAGGGUGUACGCCAAAUUAUAAAAGAGGGGGCGGUGGGGGUGCUGAGAUUUUUUUAAAUGACAAAAACAAGACAGCAAGCAUACAACUUACGGCUUGUUAAAUAGGCAUCCUAUUAAUAAUGCGGUGUUACGUGUGUGUGGCACAAAAUUUCAAUAAAUUCUACAGUGUCAGAUGCGAAUCAAUGUACAUCAUUUUUGAUGUCAAUAGUAUUGCCUUUUUUCUUACUACGCUUUCUUUGUGAAUAAUUUGAACUAACCAAAAGAAGUAAUCGUCUUACCGCGUUAUAAAGGCUAUUUGGUUAAACAACAGUGCUAAGGGUUAUAUGAGGCUAUUUUAUUCAACAACCUACGGGUAAUUAAAGGCUAUUUGGUUGAAUAACCUACGGGUUAUAUAGGCCAUUUGGUGAACUAUUUUUAGUCUAUUAAAACCGACUUUUAACCCGCGAACCGUUAUAUUGGCCGUUCAUCAUCUGCUACGUCUGCUGCUGGGGUGUUACGGCUGUUGCUGUGGUGUUACGGCUGCUGCUGGGGUGUUACGGCUGCUGCUGGGGUGUUACGGCUGCUGCUGGGGUGUUACGGCUGCUGCUGGGGUGUUACGGCUGCUGCUGGGGUGUUACGGCCUCUUUUAAUAUUAUAAAUGCGAAUCGAAAGUUGUACGGUUUUUAAAGGGAGAUAACCUCGUCAACUAGAUUAGCUUAAAAAUAAUUUAAACAAUUAGGAGGCGGCAGAAUUAAGCGCUCUGGCGUAGGGAUGUAUUAGAAAUGUGUAAAUCAGGCCCCUGGCUAUAUUCAGUAGAGAAUCACUGAUAUUGGAUAUAUUAUUUUAAAGUUAUGUUAUGCAACAACAGUAAAUGCCUUUGCGCCGAAAGUAACAGUACUGUAACGCCCUUAUCGCAUACGCGUUAUGUCAAUGGUGCAUCUGUCCAACCGCCCGUGUUCUUUGUAAAGAAGAAAUGUUGGGCAGUUUUUUUGUUGUGGAAAUGGGUCUCUCAGCAGAGGAAAAAAUAUUCAUUGUUGACCAUUAGUUUAGCUCAUACGUAUCUGUUUGUCAAUAGGGAACGCGCUUACAAAAACGUGAUAGAACAAAUCCUAUAAUAUAGAAAUGUAAGUGAAUAACACGGCUGUGCUGACUGCUUUUACAUUUUCCAGUUUUAAAUCCAUCACCGACGAAUUAUAUAAAAGAAACACGAAGGACCCCAAACAUAAAAAAAAAUUGACGAAUGGGAGAGUACCUCAAUGAUAACUGUUCACGCUUGCGAAAAAUGCGCGAAACGAAACCCUUGGAACAAACAGAUCUUUGGGGAAGUCUACAGUUAACAAGUUAUCGAGGCUCUCCACGGCGCGAAGCGAAACCAUUAGAUCAAACAGUUCUUUGGGGAAGGCCAAACUAAACCAUUAAUCGGGGCUCUUCUGAUAGAGGAUCUUCUACGAGAAUUGCGGCAGAGACUGUCAUUCCAAGAUCAGUCUCAUAAGCCACUCAAAAAUAGUGCCAGUAAUACAGAGCAGUGGCGUAGCUAUAGAGUUAGUAUCAACCGGGACGGGCCAAGAUUUUAGCCACCCCCUUCCACACGAAAAACACAACACAAAUAAACAAACACAUUACAGCUGGUUUAAAUUUCAGCCCCUUUUUAUAUAGAAAAAUGUGUGUCGGGGGGCGGACAUACAGAGGUUAUACCAUGAUCUAGUUCCCACUUGGCUAUUUUUACAAGACAUGUACAUUUUACGUACAAUGUUGCAAGUUACUUUCAACUGAAAUCAAGUUUAAUCGAUGUAUUUACAUUUGUGUUGCCCUAAUGCCAGGUUACCCCGAGGAAUGCUCCUACCCCUUCCCAUCGCACCUGAGCCCUUCACUAACAGAUGACAUUCAUGCCCAGGUCAGGAUCACAGGUGAGAGAAACGUCUUUUCUUGUGUCUGUUACACGUAGACGUCGUGACGGUGGGAAGAGCGGUGACGGUGGUGACAAGGGUGACGGUGGGCAGAACGUUACGGUGGUGACAAGGGUGACGGUGGGCAGAACGGUGUCGGUGGUGACAAGGGUGACGGUGGGCAGAACGGUGACGGUGGUGACAAGGGUGACGGUGGGCAGACCGGUGAUGGCAGUGACAAGGGUGACGGUGGGAAGAACGGUGACGGUGGUGACAAGGGUGACGGUGGGUGAAUGGGUGUCUGUGGUGAAAAAGGUGAGGGUGGGGAAAUAGUGACGUUGGGGAAAUAGGUAUGGCGGUGAAAAAAGGUGAUGGUGCCGAAAAAGGUGAUGGUGGUGAAAAAGGUGACGGUGGGCAAAAGGUGACGGUUGGGGAAAUAGCGACGAUUGGGAACAACAGUGUCAACAGUGACAGUUGAAAAAAAAAAAGUUAUAAUGACAAAUUAAACUUAGCGACUAUGUAGGCCAAAAAAGCGAAUCUGGCUGUAAACUGAUAGUGGCCACAAAAUUGAUUCGCAGUACAGAUUUAUAAAUAAUUCAUAGAAAUAUUAUUAGCUUUUGAUAUAUAAUUUUACUUGAAAUCUGUCCUAAAAAAUAUCAUGUUAUUAUACACAAUUUUUUUUUCAACAGAUCCCUACAAAUUGUUUACACAGCUGACCAAUCGCCUGACCACUUCCGGUAAGUGUAAAAACCAGUCGUAAGGAAAUUAUACUCAAGCCAUUUUAUUGUGUUCCCAAAUUUUUAAUUUGUUAAAUGAAAUGCCACGAGUGAUAUUUAUAUUUGUUAUCGAAAAGUGUAUUGAGAUUGAAAUAUAUCUGUAUUUUCCAUGUUUAAAAAAAUAAUUAUAGAUCGAUUGCGUGAGGAAAAAAACCCAUUAACCCUGACCAGUGUCGUUGCAAGAUUAACUACCCCCACGCAAUCAACACUUCUUUUUCUAGGAAAAAAUCUGCACUUUUAAGAAUCCCCCCCCCUCCCUUUUUCCAUUUCUUUUCCAUACAUAGUAAAAAAGUCAUUAAAGGGCAUACCGAUCCCCCCACCCCCUUCGCUCUCCCCUUCCCACUCAACCGACCGUGAAAAAUUCUAAAUCGUACGGUAUGUAAUUCGUCAAGUUAUUAAAUAGGAAUAUACUAUACUUUCAAAUUUCACCAGACCAGAGUCGUCCUAGGAAAGAGUCAUGAAAUAAACGUAAAUAACAGCAAAGACUUUUGGUUUUGCUUCAAGUCUCAUCAAAGUAAAAUCCAGGCCCUAGCUGUUACAUUAUUUGAUCCAUUUAUUUCUCCCCCCCCCCCGGAGGGCCACAAACCACAAACCACACAAACACACAAACCACACAAACCACACAAACCACACAAACCACACAAACCACACAAACACACAAACCACACAAACACACAAACCACACAAACACACACCAUUUCCUCCAAGCUUCUUAUUUUGUCAUCCUUCCAUUGCAUUCACAUACCUCCUAACAGGAUCCGGCCAGAUCCAGCUGUGGCAGUUCCUGCUGGAGCUCCUCUCCGACGUCAGGAACACGGCCUGCAUCACGUGGGAGGGCAACAACGGGGAGUUCAAGCUGGUCGACCCCGACGAGGUGGCCCGGCGGUGGGGGGAGCGCAAGUCGAAGCCAAACAUGAACUACGACAAGCUGAGCCGGGCGCUGCGCUACUACUACGACAAGAACAUCAUGACCAAGGUUUGGAAUCAUCGGCACUUAGGGGAAAAUAUCAGACACUCCUAUAACUCAGUGGGUCUCAACCUUCCUAAAUGCCGCGACCCUUUAAUUUCAUUUCCAUAAAUGCUGUGGCGACCCCGCAGUCAUAAAAUUAUUUUCGUUGCUACUUCAUAAAUAUGUGUUUUCCGAUGGGCUUAGGCGGCCCCUGUUUAAGGGUCGUUCGACCCCCCCCCCACCCAAAGGGGUCGCAACCCACUGGCUGAGAACUGCUGUUUUAACGGGGUUACGAAGUAUGUUGCGUCGAUGAUCCACUCUUCGAGAAAAACAAAAGCUGCUUGAUAAAUUAAAUAUUAUCCAUUUAAACAUACUUUUUAAAAAAAAUGGACAUGCGUUUAAACAUAUUUUUAACAAGGAAAAACAAGCGUUUAAACAUACUUCAUACUUUGAACAAGGAAAUAAUAGGGUUUAAGCAUACUUUAAACAAGGAAAUUCUUUUUUUAAAAAAAUGGACAUGCGUUUAAACAUAUUUUUAACAAGGAAAAACAAGCGUUUAAACAUACUUCAUACUUUGAACAAGGAGAUAAUAGGGUUUAAGCAUACUUUAAACAAGGAAAUUCUAGCGUUUAAACAUAUUUGAAAAAAGGAUAGACUAAAGUCUAGACUAAUCUUUCAAGUGAUUGACAUCAAAUUCACAAAACUCGUAAAGCUCCUCUGACCAUAUCCGUUAUCAAAACCCUUCUUUGCUUACUCAUUUCCCUUUAUUCCCACUCCUAUUGCUUGCGAACUCAGUAUCUUUCAUUAAGACACAUCCAAAAUGUUAUGUGAUUUUUAAAAAAAUAAACUUUGAAUUUCACCUUCCAGGUCCAUGGCAAGAGGUACGCCUACAAGUUCGACUUUGCCGGGCUAGCGCAAGCCUUGCAGCCGUCAGCCCCUCCCACG